AUGCAAGAUUUUGAAGCUCUCCUGUUCUAGAUUAAUGAGUCUGACGAUUAAAAUACUCUUACCUUUCAUAAGAAGCCUACCAAAGGAGCCUCUUCUGGAAGAUUUAUAAUAAAAUCAUCUUAAGUGGAGCCAAAUCCCUAGAACUAACAACAGAAUUCAAGUAAUAUAAAGUCUGGAGGGAAUUCGAUUAUAUUUACAUCAAGCAACGAGAGACCUUUACUUGGUAGUGAAAUGUAGGACAAACAUCUUAAAACUCCUGAAAUAAAAUUCAGCAAUUAAUUCAAUCCAUUCAAUAUUUAAACUAACCAUUAUAGAGGUGAAAGAUCUAAUUAAUAAGGUAUACAGACAAUAAAUGAUCAAAAUAUAAAAAAAGAGUAAAAUCAGAAUUAGGAAUACUUAUACUAAGGUUCACCUUAAAAGAAAAUAAACAUCUUGAGAAUAGUUAUGAGAACAAAUCAAUAAAUUAAGAAUAGAUAUAACAAUACCCUCAAGUAGGAAGAAAAAUUUCUUGAUUAUAAUGAACAAUAUAUGACUAAGAUACAUUAAUUGAAAGAUUAAGCCCUAGAUGAUGAUGAUGAUGAAGGUGAUUUUGAUUAGUAGACAUUUAGCAAUUAAUCUAUUAUAAGUGAGUUAGAGGCUAGUGGUAAUUACAGAAUUGAUAGUAUAUAAUAAUAUUCUCUGAAAUCUCUCAAAGAAUUAAAAGACUAGUACUUAGAUGACAUUAUAAACGAUAAGUUGGAACUUGUUUAUGAUUCUGCAGUUGAUUAAGAUUAAUAACAGAAAGAUUAAUUCCUAAGGAAUAUUAAGGAAUCAUUAUAACCUAAGCAAGAUAUAGAAUAGUCCUUUAAUGCAAACGACCAAAUCAAUUAGUGCAAUAACAUUUUAGAUGAUAGUUUCUUUGAGAAUGUUAGAGAUAACUCAAAUUCCUUAAAACAAUACAGAAAAAGAGCAUCAUCUGGAUCAGAGUUAAUGAGAACAGACUCUAAUCAAUAGCAGUAGUUACGAUCUCAUCUGAUAGGUUAAUGUCUCCUAAAUAAAAGCAUUUCAGACUUCAACUCCAGCAAUGUAUCAAGAGUGCUGCCUCUAUUUUAGAGAAAUCAGUCAUCUAAUAAGCAUAUAAGAAACAGAAAAGACUCUAUUUAGCUUUUAUCUAUAUUUCCAUCGCCAGCCAAACUAUCUAAAAGAUUUGAUUCAGAUCUUCAAAAUGAAAUCAAUGCUGCUGCAUCCAAUAUCAAACCACCAGCAUUUGAUCAUCAAGACGAUAAAAUAGUUAAUGAUAAAUUUAUAAAUGUUCAAAACUUUGCAAAAGGAAUUGAUGAUAAUAAUGAAGUGCAUGAAAGAACAGAUGAGGAAGACUUAAACACCAUUAAGCUUUCUCGAAACUAGAGAAUAGACUCACAAGAAACAAAUGAGUUAAGUGAGUGUAUAAAAACUCUUAACCAUGAUAAUUAUAAUCAUAUAUUAAAGCUUUGCCAAGAAAUAUCGAACAAGUAGUAGCAGUAAUAGUUAAAUCAAUCUGCCACUUACAACAAUUCUAGGCCUUAACUCAGGAAAACUGAUGAAAUAGAAAAUUUCAAACGAAAUACUAUGCAAAUAGUUCCUCCCUAGAAUAGUGAUAAUGCCUCUAUGAUGAUGAGAGAUGAGGCGUCAAAUGAUGAGGAUGAAAAGGUCUCUAUUUAGGGAAGGUUUUAAAUCAAAUACCAAAAUAGUAUGGAUUAAUCUCAUAACACUUCGAUUCACAAGAGUUAAUUCCAUGAGAUGAGUCCUAAAUAAAUAGUAGCAGAUCAUCUCAAAAAGAAAAUAUCAGAGGCCAAAGCAGCCAACUAACUUCUACAAUUGCAAGAAAUGAUGAGACUCGAGACUAUAACAAAUCAAGAUUAAUCGGAAUUUAUUGGAUCUAGGGAAUCUCAGAAUACUGAGGAUGAUGUUUCAAUCUCUAAGGCUACUUCUUCCUCUUAAGCUACCAAAUAAACGAAAAGAAAUCAAAAUAAUAAAUAGCUAAAAUUUCAGUAAUCAAAGAUGAAAUCUACAAAUUAAAGCUAAUAACUUCUCUUGCAACAAUAAAAUGCAGCAAAGAAGUAAAGAAAUAGUCAAUGCAAUCCUAUAUUUCAAACUCCCAGUGACUUUAAAGCUUAAACUUAACCUUUAAAUAGUAAUAUAACAUAUUAGAAUCCUAAUCCUUACCAGUAAUAACUCUAUCCUCAAUAGUUGCCACCAGAGUAUAUUCAAAGUAAUCCAAAUCAAAGAAUAAAUGAAAAUUACCCAAUGAAUCAAACUCCCAAUAAUCAUCAUAAUCCAAGCAGUUUCCAAAUGGGUUCUUUAUAGCAAAAUAUAAAUCCCUCAUUCUUUCCAACUUCUGCUCCCUAGCACUAUAAUCAACAAAUACCUUACUUUGCUUUUGACUAAGGCUUGUCCUAAUAGUACUAAAUUAUGAUGUAGUAAUAACUAGAGUAUAGCAGUAGAUAAUUUCAAAUGAUGCUCAAUAAUCAUCAGGUAUAUAUGAAGCAAACAUUUGACUUACUAAAACAUAAUAGUUUAUAGAAUCUUUAGGAGUAGUAGCAAUAAAAAUAAAUAGAUAGAAUUGAGGAAAAAAUUGAUAAAAUUAUUCAAGAAAUCAAUAAAUUUAAGAAGACUAAAAAUAAGAAAAGAUUAUGA